AUGCCCGUCCCGGGGGCUCGGCCGUUUCUGGGCAGUCGGUCCUCCAGCGCGCGGCAGUGGGUGCUCCACCUUCGCUCCACCGGAGAGGCGGCUGACGCCGAGCAGGGGGAGAAAGGCCCUGCCCCGGCCACCAUGGCCCGCACGCCGUCCCACAAUGCCCUUCUUCCCACCUGGGGGCCUUGGGGCGGGCUCUCCUCCCGCCCCCCGACAUGCCAGUCCCGAAGAGAGACAAAGGAAGAACAUUCCAGACACUUCGCCCGGCCGCAGGCCCCGGGGCCGCCCUGGCUGGGCGGCGCGGAAGCCCCUGGGACCCGCAGACGCCGGGGCGUCGCGUGGGGAGCCGGAGCCCGGCGGGGAGCGGAGCACGCGCUCACCAGGGCCUCGGCAACACCCAGCGCGGCCCGGCACCCGGGGAGGACUCGGCCUCCACCGCCGGGCGUGGGGCGGCCCCCGUGGUCGGAGCGUCCUCCUGGCCCCACGCCCCGGGCCCCACCGAGCCUGCCGGCCGGGAGGCCCCCGAUUAUGAAUGUAAAGGGCGCCCCGAGAGCGGACGUGGCCGCUUCCUGCGCCGCCUUCCCUUUCUCCCCGGGCAGCGGCGUUUCCUCCGCGGAAGCCCCCGGGCACACAGAAGACGCAGCCAUGCGUGCAGCCCGCGGCCAUUCACGCCGCCCCUUCCCAGGGCCCUGCGCGGUCGCGGGGGCAGCCGCCCGCUGCCCUGCCUCUGGGAGCCUCUGA